UCUACUUGCCUCUCUUUUCAGUCUCUGUUGAAAAUUUAUGUAUACUCUUCUAAACCAACAUUUCAGAUGAAAAUGUUGCACCGAAUUUUUCGAGCAUCCAGCGCCGCCGCGCGCCGAUUUUCGACGAAGACGGCAGUGGUCUCUGCUCCGGCGCAGGAGACGGUAUCUGGUGAGGGAAGAAAAACUGCCGGAAAUAAGCUCAGAAACGAAAGCACCGGCAGAGACACGCUGGGGCGGCGGCUUUUCGCUCUGGUGUACGCGAAGCGGAGUGCUGUGGUCGCCCUACGCAAGUGGAAGGAGGAAGGACACGUCGUGCGCAAGUACGAGCUGAAUCGCAUUGUUCGCGAGCUCCGAAAGCUUAAGCGUUACAAACAUGCCCUCGAGAUUUGUGAAUGGAUGAGGAUACAAGAAGAUAUGAAGCUUGUACCUGGGGACUACGCUGUCCACUUGGAUUUAAUUGCUAAAAUUCGGGGUCUAAAUAGUGCAGAAAAGUUCUUUGAAGAUCUGCCUGAGAAAAUGAGAGCCCCCGCCACUUGUAGUGCUCUUCUCCACACCUAUGUCCAGCACAAGGAAUCUAACAAGGCUGAAGCUCUGAUGGAAAAGAUGUCAGAAUGUGGUUUCUUGAAGAGUCCUCUUCCAUUUAACCACAUGCUCUCUCUAUAUGUCUCAACAGGCCAGUUGGAAAAGGUUCCAGAAAUUGUCAAGAAGCUGAAGACGACGACCACUCCAGAUGCCGUCACAUAUAAUCUGUUGUUGGCUGCAUGCGCAUCACAAAAUAUUAUUGAAACUGCUGAAAAGGUGUUCCUGGAGCAAAGGCAGGCCAAAAUAGAACCCGACUGGAUGACUUACAGCACAUUGACCAGCAUCUACAUCAAGAAUUCACUCCGUGAAAAAGCUGAGUCUGCUCUGAAGGAGAUGGAGAAAAGGGUCUCUAGAAAAGUUCGAGUGGCAUAUGCAUCGCUGAUCAGUUUGCAUACUGGUCUUGAAAAUAAGAGUGAGGUUUGCCGAAUAUGGAAGAAGAUGAAGUCCACUUACCGCAAAUUGAAUGAUGUCGAGUACACUUGCAUGAUUACUUCCUUACUGAAACUUGAAGAACUUGAAGAAGCAAAGAAACUGUACGACGAGUGGGAGUCUGUUUCCCCUACCAAUGACUCAAGAGUUCCAAAUUUACUUCUUGCUGCUUACAUCAAUCAAGAUCAGAUGGAGAAGGCAGAGGCAUUUUACGAUCGGAUGGUGCAAAAAGAUAUAGUACCAGGCUAUACCACUUGGGAGCUUCUUACUUGGGGUUAUUUGAAACAAAGGCAGGUUGACAAAGUUCUUGAUUGUUUCAAAAAAGCCAUUGGUAGUGUUAGAAAAUGGGAUCCAGAUGAAAAGCUGGUCGAGAAAGUAUGUAGAGUUGUGGAAGAGUUUGGUAAUGUCGAGGGUGCAGAACUGUUGCUGGUUAUUCUUCGACGAGCUGGCUAUGUGAGUACAGAGACAUACAAUUCUCUUCUCCGAACUUAUGCAAAAGCUGGUAAAAUGCCACUUAUUGUGGCAGAGCGGAUGAAGAAGGACAAUGUAGAGAUAGAUGAUGAAACCAAGAGAUUGUUACAACUAACAAGCAAAAUGCGCGUCAGUGAAAUUCCAAGUGGUUUUUAAGACAUAUUGAGGAUCAGUUCCUCGACUACGAAGCCCUUCUCUAGACCCCUGGCAACAUAUGGUUUGCAUAGUUCUGAUUUAACUGUUCAAUCUGUACAUUAGUCAUCCCCCGGCCUUUGAGUGACUGAUGAACCAAGUCAUGCCUGAUGGAGGAGGGCGGUCAAAUUUUACAACCCAUAUGUUUGUACUUUUGCUAUGAAACAGAGAAAAUUCUUGUGUUUUUGCUAUGAAACAGCUACAUAGAUGUAGGCAGAUAGUUAUGGUUUUGGAGUGGAUGGUAAUUUAUGUCUGCAAGAUACUCCUUCAUUGAAAAUUAUAGAGAAAUUUGAGGGAUUGUUCAGUUA